AUGGCGGAUACUUUUCAGCGCCGUGAUCCUUUGCCUCUUUGUGGAGCAGCUUGCUGGAUGCGAUACUUCCCCAAUGGAUUUUGGUAUGAAUGGAAGAAAUUAGUGGUACUUGCUGUUCCUAUAAUGUUCACAAGUCUCGUCGAAUACCUCAUAGCGCCAGUCAGUUUGUUUUUCUGUGGCAAGCUUGGGAAGUCAGAGCUUGCUGCAGCGGGCCUUGCAAUCUCACUUUUUCAUACUGCAGGGGUUUCUUUCAUUAUGGGACUACUUACUGCCAGUGAGACCCUUUUCGCGCAAACUUACGGUGGAAAAAAUAAAUUUAGGCUGGGAAUUCAAGUCCAACGAUCCUUCGUGAUCCUCACUCUCUGUUGCCUCCCCUGUUGGGCCGUGCAUGUAGUGAUUGAGCCAAUUCUGGUGGCUUCCGGUCAACCCCCUCUCAUUGCAAAGUACACUGGAGAGUACAUAUUUGGAAUGAUGCCUGGACUGUUCAAUAAGGUCUUACCACCACUUGUUGCCGGCAUUCUCGGAAAUCUCGUCAACGCCGGUGGUCACUACUUCUUUAUCUAUCACACCAACGUCGGAAUUGUGGGAUCUGCAAUUUCCCAGUCCCUAGGCUAUCUCUGUCAGGCUGGUUGCAUGCUGCUCUACAUACUUACAUCUAAAAUCUACCGCAACACCUGGGAUGGUCUUCACAUUGAAAUGUGGCAUGACUGGGGGAUCUGGUUCCGCCUGGCGAUUCCCGGCACGGUGAUGUGCGGUCUGGAGUGGUGGAUAUGUGAGGCCGGGAGCCUUACGGCUGGUUUUCGAGGAGAACAAGCGCUAGCCGUCCAAACCAUUUUAAAUAACAUCGAAUCUCUAAUAUUCUGUACUUUUCCCAUGGGGUUUGGUAUCGCUGUUUGCAUUCGCGUUGGGCAAUUCCUUGGCUCGAAUGAGACUGUUGGGCCGAAGUCGACGGCCUUCGUGGGAAUAACAACCCUGGUCGUUGUGGCUAUUGUGAAUGCUCUUAUUCUCAUAUUUGGACGAUAUCACAUACCACGGCUGUUCACCGAUGACCCAGGUAUAAUCGAGGCAUCUGCUCAGGGUAUGCCAUCAAUCAUCGCAUAUCAAUUCUUUGACUGCAUAAUUGGUGUUUGCAGUGGCGUGAUUCGAGGUGUCGGAAUGCAAAGGUUUGGAGCCAUUGUUUGCUGCGUCUGUAUGUACAUGGUUGGUGGACCACUUGCUCUCUGUCUGCUGCUGUUAACUGAUCUGCUUGUACCAGGUUUCUGGUGGGGUCUGUCGAUCGGAAUGGCACUUGAGUCUGUAAUCUACAUUAUUCAGUGUUGUCGAAUAGAUUGGGUGAAGAUGUGUGAAGACGUACGUCAUUUUUGCAGGACAUGGACUUUGCGCUGCAAAAAGAACGGAAAUCAAAUUUGUCGCCAGAAAAAUAUCAGGUACGAUAGUUUGCAGUCGUGA